UCUGUUAACAUUAGAUAAGAGACUGUAACACACAGAACAGUUAUUGUUGACGUUUUAUUUAAAUUCAUUACAAGUUUCACCGGAAUAAAAUUAUUUAAAAAAGUCCAUACUGCAUAGCGUACGCAAAUAAAAAGAAUUAUUCGUUUUAUGUUGUUCUAUUAAGAAGUGUCAAAAACAUAAUAAGACUGGUAUUUAACUGCCGUCUAAUGGAGACUUUACUAGCAUUAAUACCUAUUUUCUUCAUUACAAUUAUACUAAGUGGUGUAAAUGACAGAAGAAUAGGAGAUAUAAAGGCUGAUGGGAGGACUUAUACAAAACCAAAUUAUUAUCGAUUCCCCUCAAACAGAAGGCUUGACAUUCCAUCACCACAGCCAACGGACCCCGUGUUAAAUGGCAUGCAUUCGGAUUCGAUUGAAGGGCGGUAUAGACGAGCUGCUGUUGCCGCUGAUUCCAAAGAAUGUUCCACUAUAGGAGUGAAUAUAAUGAGAUAUCAAGGCGGAAGUGCUAUCGAUGCCGCCAUUGCAAGUACCCUGUGUUCCGGUGUUGUCAACCCACAAAGCUGCGGCAUUGGCGGGGGCCAUUUCCUGGUAUACUACAACAGGAACAGUGGUCAGGUAAAUACUGUUAUUGGACGAGAGCAAGCUCCAUUGGCAGCAACAGCAGAUAUGUUUACAAAAGACAAAAAUACCUCGUCUCAAACUGGAGGCAAAUCAAUUGCGGUUCCUGGAGAGAUUCGUGGUCUUUAUGAGGCAUGGAAAUUAGGUGGUCGGUUGCCAUGGAAACAAUUAUUUCAACCAACUAUCAAUUUAUGUAGAAAUGGCAUAACUGUAGGCAGAGCUCUACGAAGUGCUUUUGUGAAGGAGGAGCGUUUUGGUGAAGAGUUUCCAGCAUUCAAAGAUUUUAUUACAAAUCCUAAAACAGGAGAGAUAUAUCAGGAAGGUGAGGUAAUGAUACGCCCCCUUCUAGCAAAAACAUUAGAGGUCAUUGCAGACGAAGGGCCUCAAGCGUUCUAUGAAGGUAGUCUUACUGAUGCUAUUAUUGCGGAUAUUUCAGAAGCAGAUGGAAUCAUCAUAAAAGACGACCUGGCACAAUACACAGCUCCAGUGAAACAACCCGUUGUUUUUAAUUUGGACGAAAAAUUAAGAGUGUUUUCCCCGCCGCCACCGUCAAGCGGGGCAGUAUAUCAGUUCAUACUAAAUGUUCUAAAAGGUUUUCAUUUCGACAUUUCGAGUGUUUCGACGGUUGAUAUGGCCACACGUACUUGGCAUCGAAUUGUAGAAGCGUUCAAACAUGCCUUCUCCUUAAGGUCUGAGCUUGGGGACAGCGAUAUUGGUUCUGAUGAAUUCAUGAGAUCCGUCGAUGAGCUUGUCGAGAAGAUGACUGAUCCGGAUUUUGGAGAAACUACUAGAGCUAGGAUAAGCGACUCGCAGACAUUUGAAUCUUCUUACUACGGUCCUGAACUUCUGGGUAUUUCUGGGAGCAGUAUGGGCACUUCACAUCUAUCGGUUUUGGGUCCUAAUGGAGAUGCUGUUUCAGUUACCAGUACUGUGAAUCUGUUUUUCGGCUCUAAAGUCUUUGGCACUCGGACAGGAAUUAUUUUCAAUGAUGAGAUGGAUGAUUUUUCAACACCGGGAACCGUUAAUUUCUUUGGUGUUCCAUCCUCUUCUGCCAACUUUAUAGUACCAGGGAAACGUCCCCUUUCAUCGAUGAGCCCAAGUAUUAUAGUUGAUAAAUGGGGAGACGCCCAGCUGGUGAUAGGGGCCGCAGGAGGGACACGGAUCAUAACAUCAACUGCCCAAGUAACCGUUGAAACACUUCUGUUUAACUGGGAAAUUAAGGAAUCAAUCGAUUAUCCACGUGUCCAUCAUCAGCUGUUUCCACCAACACUCGGAGUCCAGCAAAGAUUUCCUCAGGUUCUAAUUGAUGGACUACAAGGUCUUGGUCACAACACCACCGUUGACAUUCCAUUGUCAGUCGUACAGGGUAUUCUUAGACAAGGGAACCAAAUAACAGCUAACAGUGACUUCCGUAAAGGUGGUGAACCAGACGGGUUUUGAAUUAAGUUUUGAUUUGACCAUUUCCCGAUGUAGUGCUUUCGGAGAACUUAAAACCUUGUUCUACAGAAGCUUAAAAUGGAAAUAUUGGUAGAAUUUACCGUAGUCAGAAUGAAAAACCUGAAAAUGUACCACUUUGGAACAGAACCAUUCAUGGUUGUGAAUAAAUGGUUUAAUGACAUCAGUGCGACCUUUUUAUGUUUGUCAGAGGAAACCAUGCAAUAUGCCCACACUUACAGUAAGGCAGACUUUCAUUCCAUUUUCAACUUGAACGCGACCAAAAUGUAUAUUGAAGUACUCCUUAUGUACAUUGUUUAAUGGUUAUCAAAUUAUUAGAAUUAUUCGACUCAGAAAUGUCAUAGGUAUCAAACCUCGAAAUUCUAAUACUAAAGUCUGUCCCACCUAUUACUUUUAACGCGUUUCUGAGUUAUCAGUGUCUGUAAUG